CGCGGCUGUAGGCAGAUCCCGAGCUCCAAAUCCACAGCCCCGAGUGUGAGCCGGAGCUGCAGCCGCCGCCACCGCCGCCGCCCGGUCCGCGAUGUCAGCGGCCUGAGCCACUGAGUGCGGAAAGGGGGAGAGCGGGUGCCGCGGUCCAGCUUCGUCCUACCCUGCCCUGUCCGCUCUUUCAGCCCUCCUGCCCGCGCCCCUGGCCCCGGCCCCCGGCCGCCAUGUGCUCCAGUCUCUGGUUCCUGACGGACCGGAGGAUCCGCGAGGACUACCCGCAGGUGCAGAUCCUGCGCGCCCUCCGGCAGCGCUGCUCCGAGCAGGACGUGCGCUUCAGGGCCGUGCUCAUGGACCAGAUCGCCGUCACCGUCGUCGGCGGCCACCUCGGCUUGCAGGUGAACCAGAAGGCUCUGACGACAUUCCCAGAUGUGGUGCUUGUGCGGGUGCCCACACCUUCAGUACAAUCGGACAGUGACAUCACUGUCUUGAGACACCUGGAGAAGCUAGGCUGCCGCCUGGUCAAUCGCCCCCAAAGCAUUUUGAACUGCAUCAACAAGUUUUGGACAUUCCAAGAGCUGGCGGGGCAUGGGGUUCCUAUGCCAGACACAUUUUCUUAUGGUGGUCAUGAAGACUUUGCCAAGAUGAUUGAUGAAGCCGAGCCCCUGGGGUACCCUGUGGUGGUGAAGAGUACUAGAGGACAUCGAGGAAAAGCAGUUUUCCUCGCAAGAGAUAAACACCAUUUAUCAGACAUCUGCCACCUGGUCCGUCAUGAUGUGCCCUACCUGUUCCAGAAAUAUGUGAAGGAAUCUCACGGAAAGGAUAUCCGAGUGGUGGUGGUGGGUGGCCACGUCAUCGGCUCCAUGCUUCGCUGCUCCACAGAUGGCAGAAUGCAGAGCAACUGCUCCCUAGGUGGCGUGGGUGUCAUGUGUCCGCUCACUGAGCAAGGCAAACAGCUGGCCAUUCAGGUGUCCAACAUAUUGGGCAUGGAUUUCUGCGGCAUCGACCUCCUCAUCAUGGAUGACGGCUCCUUUGUGGUGUGUGAGGCGAAUGCCAACGUGGGCUUCGUGGCCUUUGACCAGGCCUGCAACCUGGACGUGGGUGGGAUCAUCGCCGAUUACACCAUGUCCCUGCUGCCCCGCAGGCUGACCGGGAAGAUGGCCCUUCUCCCGGGGGCGCCCAGCACUGGCGAGAAGAGCGACCCUGAGGGAUGUGCUUCUGCCCAGGCCGGCGCGGAGAGCAUUUACAUCACCAAUGGUGGCUCGACCUCCAGUGAAAGUGAACCCGAGGUGGGAGAAAUCAGGGGUUCUUUGGCAAACACGGCCAGGGCCCAACCCCCUUCACUGCCAGGCCCCAGCUACAAUAUUAACAACAUGAUUGCCUCUGAAUUAAAACUUAAAUGAAUUCAGCUUUUGAAUAUCAUUUAAACCAAAUCCUGCUGCUUCCCUGAUAGUUUUGAAUGAAUAAGAUCUUGACUAAUGUGUGUUCAUUUGCACAGAAAAUAAGAAUCCCAUCUGGGCACUUACUCACUUUACAGUAUUCUUUCUAAUGACAAUUUAAGAAAAUUGCUUGGCUUUGUGGUUUGUACAAAGACUAAAGAAUGCUCAGAGAAUAACAUCCCAGCUGAUGAAGUGGAACUCGGUGCCUGUGUUAUGGACACUUGGCUAUUAAGUGCUCGCAGCCGACUGGCAGGCAUCGAAGCUCUAUGCUGCUGUAGUCUGCAUGUCUCCCUCUCUCCAUAACCGAGCCCAGUUAUUCGGAGCCCUCGAAGAGAGAAUAUUUGAAAGCUUCCAAGAUAUCAGGGCAAUUACCAGCCAGGAGUUCUGGAAUCCAGAUGCAAUAAUGAGCUCUCUUCUGUGGAUGGCUAUUCAGUGCUUCCAACGCCGUUCUAGAACCCAUCUCUGCUUCCCACCGAUCUGCAUCUUAGCGUCCUUGUGACUUGCUUCUCUGUCACUUGGGAUUCGGUGAUUUGGAAGCAAAUCCAUUAGCACUUUCAAAGAAAGCACUUUGUAAAAAGAGCGAAUCACAUCUCUUCUGGGCCUCAUCUCCACUGGGGCAAGGGAACACACGCUGAUUUGUAAAUAGAGCCUAUCCUGCAAAGUGCUUUGUGGUCUCCAUCACAAAUGGAAAGUGUGCUUUAGCAGGUGCCCUGGCCCAGUUGCCUCUCCCGGUCUCUUCUUCCUCUUUUCUCUUCCCACUGCCUUUUGGUUUCAGUUGGACACAUAUUUCCUUGACCUGGGACUUGUGCUUUCUUUAACUCAGGGGGUACUCAACUUUUCUUGUAAGAGAUUUCUCUCCUGUGGCUCUCUAGAAUUGCGCGUGUAAAGCAAAUUCAAUUAACUGGAUAACAGAGCUGAUACCCGGAGAAUAAACAUCAUUCCUCCAUACUGAAGGAUCUGGUAUGUGUGGGUGGGCCGCAGAUGUGCUCAUUCUGCUUGGUACAUUGGAUUUAGCUCUGUGGAAUUAUAAUGGAACAAAGCAAUUGGAAACACACCGACCCUAAGGGACAUUUUAAUGUCCAACAUGAUCUCAGAAAUCUGAAUUUAUGGACUCUUUGAAAUAAGGGAGAAUCCUACACAUCCUGUUUUUAUUUUUAUUUUUAUUUUUAUUUUUAUUAUUUUUUUUUUUGGCUAAUAUGGACAUAGUAUACCCUAAGUGCUUUCCAUUCCAACCAUCUGUGCAGUAGGUAACAAACCUUUCUCUGGGAAGAAGUCAUUGAGAUGGAUAUUUGAGACUCACUAAAACAGGAAAUAUCUGUCAAAUAAUGACACUUUAGGGAAAAAAGCAUGACUACAAGUCCCACAUCCAAGUGAUUGUCUCCUUCAAAGCCUCACCUUAGAAGGCUAUACCUUUAUUUCUGCAAAGGUUUGAGAACUAAAUUCAAACCCAAUUUCUAAGCUCCAAAAGAAAACCAGUGGUACUUGAUAGUCACCUUUUAUUAUGGGGUUCACAGUUUAUCCCCAGCCUUAGUUUAAGAUCACUUUUAACCAUUUCUAGACAUAAGAAUUACCUCUCAAUCCUUGGGGAUAAAAAAAAUUGCAUCACAAACUUUGAAGUACAUUUUCAGAAGUGAAAGGGGAAGAGCAGGAGAAAUGAUAUGAGCAGUGACAGCUUUGGUAGAACAAAUUUAUACCUUCCAGUGGAGAUUGUUUUAGUGAGAACCAAAUGGGUGUGGACCCAUUCAGAUGUAUAGGAUUUGGUCUGAAUAAGAAAGUCAUCCACAUUAUGUUAUACUUCAUGCUAAUUUAACAUAGCUAACUGUAAAAUGUGGAUAAAAUAAAAAUUUUCACAACAUACUAUAUGAUAGGAUUUGUCUAAGAGCACCAUGAUUGAAAAUAAAAAUUUUCACAACAUACUUUAAAAUAGGAUUUGUCUAAGAGCACCAUAAUUGAAAAUUAUCAUUUGGGAGAGUUGAGCAGUAACUUUGGUCCUGCUGAUCACUUUCUCUCCAUCAAAAUUGAUCUAAGUGACAUAUCCUUCAGCCAAGAUGUGUCUGGAGCUGUGUAGAGGAAUCUCACUGUGCACAGAGUAUAUUUUAUACCUCACACCAAUGCAGCUCAAAUAUUAUCAAACAAUGUAUUUCUGACUACAUAUAUGGUUUAGUUGGGGGAGGGAGGUGAUUUUGUGUGGGUUAUGACACCUUUUACCACUCAGAGGAGAUUAGGCAAUCAAUGAGUUUGCUUCUGUCUUCACUGGAGUUAACUAAAUGCUUUCUUUGUGUCUGUAUAUCUGCUGGACCCAAAUGAGGCCCUUGUAAAAAUUAUAUUUGUUCUUUAGCUCUUUAAGAAUCUCCUCUCCACAUACACACUCGCAGGGUACUUUUUUGGGCACUAGAGAGACAAAGUCCUGAGUUCUCUUGCCCCAAGAAAAGAUCCUUCCCCGACUAUGAGCUAUACUAUCAGAGCAGCCCCCAUCUAGGAACCACUAUAGCAAGAUUUUGGAAUGAGGAGUAUAGAAUCUUUGCUUGCUUAUGUCCACCAGCUUUACCUGAAUCAUGCUCUGGCCAUCCUCUCCUCCCCCUUAAAAUUCCCUGGCAGCACCCAGAGUGACUCAGUAUGAAAAAAACCUGUGUUUGAGGUUGGACAAACUAGUUUGCUUCGGGUUCUAAUUAGUCAUUGAUUAAUUGAAUGAUUUUGAGCAAGUUACUCUUAAUUUUGUGCCUCGGUUUUUUUCAUCUCUAAAAUAGGGGAAAAUACCCUGCCCUACCUACCUCGCAGUAUUGCUGUGAGGGGAAAAUUAGUUGCUAGAUGUGAAUUGUAAUUUGAAAGUUGCAUUGCAAGAGGUGGAAUCUGAAAAGAGGAACAUGUCUUCUUCCUUCUGUGACUGCAUGAUGGGAUUCCUCAACACCCAUCCCCCUUCAGGAACUUCAGGAGGAAAGAGGCCAGUAGGUAUCUAUUUUUGCAUCCUAGGCAGCAUGAGAAUGCAACUUCUCAGCACCUUCAGUUCCAGCCUUGGAAAGCCUGCAGGGACCAUCUGAGUAUGACAACGGCCUCACAAAUCAUAUAUAAGCUGGAACAUUUGAUUCCCUUACUCUUCCAAGGAAGGAUGUCUUCCCUGUGUAAAAUUCAGCCUAUCUCUGUAUAAUGCCUCCUUUUAUUUGGUAGGAGCAUCUUGAAACUGGUGAAAACUUGAAUACCACUAGCUGAGUCACUGUGAAUAGAAUUUAUUAUGCACUGAUUAAAAAAAAUUCCUUGUAUCUGUAUAUCUUUGUGUGUUAGGGCUUGCAAAGGUAGCUGGAACCCUGGUUUUAGCUGUAGGUCUUUGAGAAGCCUAUAAACAAUACAAAUGAACUCUAAGACAUGGGGAGGGGGCACAUACUCAGACCCUCUCACCUACCUAUUGGGAGAUCCCAUAACAAGGAAAGACCCUCCACCCCACAAGAAGAAUUAAUUUGUUAAAGACAGCAUUUGAAAGAAAUGUGACUAGGGAGCAUAGGUAUUGUUUUUCUAAGAAAAUAAAGAAGUGGAAUCAUGUGUACAUUUAGUGAGGAAAUAAGGAAGGAUGGCCAUCUUUUAAGCUAAAUCUGCUCAGAAAUAGGAAGAAUAGGACCUCAAUCCUACAUUUCAAGGACUGGUUACUUAAGAUUUUAGAAACCCCUGUUGAAUGCAUUUCACAAAUGAAAAUCAUGAACCUAAGAAUUAUAUUUUAACACCUCAUAUUCUUAUGUUAAGUAAGAAGGCAAAAUACCUUUCUUUUGUAAGUUCCAGAACUUUAGGCACCCAUGGCUAGCCAAAAUGAACCAAGGAAGGGCAGCUAGCUGGUUAGAGCUCUAAGUCAGGAGGACGUGAAUUCAAAUCUGGCCUCAGACACUUAACACUUACUAGCUGCAUGACUCUGGGCAAGUCACUUAACUUUUGCCUUGCAAUUGCCUUGCAAAAAUAAAUAAAAUAAAAUGAACCAAGCAGAAAGUUAUUUAUAGUAACCUUGAUUAAAUUAGUAGUCAAGUCAUACCCAACUGCUGCUGUGGAUUAUUCCUAGGCUGUGCAGGUAUAUCUGGAUGAUCAGUGUGGACCAAUUGUCUUUACUACCCUGGCACUAUUGGAACAUUUCUUGAUUUUGGACUGCAAGUCACUCUUUCCAGAACCUGGUGCUGUAUUGGAUCUACCAUUAAAAAAGAGUGGUCUAGAUCACUGUUUACCAUAUGGUAAUUUGCUUUAGUAGAUAGAACACCAUUGGAAAUGAGAAGAACUGAGAUCUAAUUCUGGCUCUUCUACUGAUUUGAAUAAACCUCAGCUUCUUCAUUUAUAAACCAAAAAGCUCGGACAAAAAAAAAAUCUUUCCAGUUCUAAUGUUGUGACUUUAUGAUCUCAUUUCAGUUUCUAGUUUCUAGUCUGCAAUCAAUAGCUAGGUACAAAUUCUUUCAUAGUUCCCCAUCACUGGAACUUUUUUCAGAUGGAGACUAGAUGUCUACUUAUGAGAGAUGUAGUAGGGAUUCCUAUGUAGAUGAACUGAACUAAAUAACCUUUGAAAUCCUUUCUAGUUCAGAAAUUCUAUUAACUAAAAUAGAAAGCAGUAAGUAAAUAAGAAAGCAGCUUACAUUAGCCUACCUUCUCUUCUUUAGUUUCUUCAUCUACUAUGUUGUUUAUUUGUUUAAGUUGUGUCCAACUCUGUGACCCCCACUUCUUAGCAAAGAUACUUGGUUUGCCAUUUCCUUCUUCAGCUCAUUUUGCAGAUGAGGACACUGAGGCAACAGGGUUAAGUGACUUGCCCCAGGCUCACAAGCUUGUAAGUAUCUGAGAUUGGAUUUGAAUUUAGAAAAAUAAGUCUUCCUAACUCUAGGCCCAGGUGCUUUGUGCAUUAUGAGACCAUCUAGCUGCCCUACUAGGAAGGAGGUUUUAACUAGGUGAGUUCUCCAGCAUUUUGUGAUAGAACUUUGUUAUAAAAUACUGCCCUUCCAUUUUCUUAUUUGAGACUCACAACAACCUCACAAUAUAGAUAAUAUGAAUAUUAUUCCAUUUUGUAAAUGAGAAAACUGGCUCAGAGGCAAUUAAUUUGACUAGAGUCUUAUAGAUACUGUUAGGCAAAGUCAGGACUCUAUCCCAAGUAUUCUGACCCAAAGAGUAUUGCUCUUCAUACCAUACUGUUAUCUCUGAGCUAUCCAGGAUCAGCAUAAACAGGCUCCUUCCUGGACUCGGAGUAUAGAAGAUGAUACUGGCAGGAUGGCAGAAUGACAAUUGGGCUUUUUUGGGUGGAAGGAGGGGGAGAGAGAAAAAGAGAGAAAGGCUUUUGGAGGAGUCCGGAUGAUUCAGUAGGGAAGAGGAGAGAGAGUGGUGGUAGACCAAGAAGAAACAGGCAAACCAUAAGAAUCUAUUAAAUGCUUCCUUUGUCCAUGGCACACAGUGUAGGGAUUAGAGAAACAAAAACCACAAAAUAAAACUCUCUACCCUCAAGGGUCUUAUAUUCUACUUGUACUCCCCAAAAAGAGUAGAAAGGAAGCUGACCAACAAGCUGACCUGGAGUUACUUGGCACUUAAUUUAUUUUGGAUUUUUCCUAUGUUAUGAUUCACUGAUUUGGGAUCAAAUCUGAAUGGAAAAUGCCAUAAUCUCAAAUCUGUAAUAGAAAAGGGAAGCCCCAAUGGUAUUAAAUUUCAUUCCACAAACAUGUGAAAUGUGUACCCUGUACAAGAACUUUUACUUGACAUUGGAAGAAUAUAAUGGUGAUUACAACAUAAUCUCUCUUCACAAGAAAUGCCAUCAUCUCAAACCUGUAAGACAGGUGAUAGAACAGGGAAAUCCCAUUCUGGUCUUAAAUUUCAUUCUACAAACAUGUGAAAUGUGUACCCUAUACGAGGAUCUUUACUUGAUGUUGGAAGAAUAUAAUGGUGAUUACAACAGAACCUCUCUUCACAAGAAUUAUAAGUGUAAUGGGAGCCAGAUGGAGGAGGUAGGUGGAGAGAAGGGGACCAGGAAACAAAUGAGACAAGGGAGUGUCAGAUAAGAGUGUAAUAGAGAAGGCCAAAGAGGAAAAAUUUGAGAGGCAGGAUUAUGUUCAACUAGAAGAAGAAGGUUUCUUGGAAGAUGUGGUAUCUGGGUUGGUCCUCAAAAGCAGGGAGGAUUUCAGUGAGCAAGUCUACUCCAGACAUGUUCUGUGUUAGCAAAGGCAGAAUGCCUGGAAUGUUCUCACCUCCACCUCUUGAAAUCUCUGGUUUCCUUCAAAACUUAGCUCACCUCAUCUAUGUGAAGAUUUUCCUGGUGCCUGCUUCUUAUUCAUGUUCUGUAUAUUUACAUAUCGAAAGACCACAAAUCUACCUAUGUACAUCUCCCCCAUAAAUGUUUAAGAUCUUUGAAGGUAUUGUCUGUCUGUCUGGUUAUAAUAGAUAGCUCAUAAUUAGUUGAAUGAGAACAAGGAAGGAGAAUGUUAUAGAUAUCAAAUGUUAGUGGUGGUGGACAUUGGGGAGCUUGCAGAGACCUUAGGUAGAAGUUGACAUGGUUAGAGAAAGGGUCACAUGCCAAUUUAAAAAUAGUAAUAAUAAUGACACAUGCUAUUGCUCUGUUGUACCCUAGCAUGACAGGUUCCUGAGGGAUGGAGAGCUUUGGGCCUGUCUUAUAGGCUCCUAUAUGGUAAAAGGUAGUAAAGUGAGGGGGGAGGGGGUAGGAGGGAGAAGAUAAAUUUUGCUGUCCCAGAAACACAUAUGAAGAAAUGUUAUUGUAUCCCAAAGUAAAAACAGUAGGAGUAUGAGUAUAGCUAGACUGAGGACCCCACUGGAGUUUCUGCUUAGUCUUGAGAUUGUUUUUUGGACCUUCCAGAGUUCUAGGGCUGGCCAGUUAUGGAGGGACUAGGUGGACACACUUGUGAGAGGCUCAGUUAUAUGGUCAUGUAGCAGAUUGGCGAGUAUUCUCUCCAUUGCUUUCUCUUUCCCAAUCUGGUAUCAGUUGCCCCUGGGUAUUUAUGGCCCAGAGAGUUGGCAGGGCUGAGGGGAUUUCCCAGUGAGCAGUGCAAUUGUGACAUCUUGUGUUCUGAUAUUCACUAGAAUCAAAAUGAUUAGGUGGAAUAGCCAUGGUUCUGAUUCAUCAGUUAUGUAUUCACUGAGAUUGGAAAGAAAAUUAAACUUUGAGAAUUUAACAGGGUGGUUUUUGUUUUGAAAAAAAAAAAAACCCAAAGUGUUAGAAACACAAGAAAACCAGUUCCCUUCACUCUUGAUCAUCCACGCCAUUCUAAUUAUGAGCCAGUAUUCUUAAAAUCCUGUUCUUCCCUGUUUUGCUCAGAGACCAGACCAUGGCCAAAGAAAGUAUGAGUCUGAGUCAAGUCCAAUUCAUAAAGCAGAUCUGUCAGAAGUCUUUGUGUUCUCUGUAACUAAAUACCAUCAAUGUGAGGACCGCCAGACUUUGGUCCUUAACUCUGUGACUUUAUGCAAAUUACAUUCCUUUCAUGAGUUUCAGUUUUUGUGUCUAUGAAAUUGUACUAAAUGAUCCUUUAGUUUCCCUUCAGCUUUGACAUUCUUCAGUAACUGUGGUUUUACAUUAUCUUCUGGUUUUGAUUACUCGCUUGCUCAUCUGUCAUUGCCUUCCUUUCUCUUCCUGGAAUUGGGCUUAUGUGAGAGAAGUUACCUAUUCCACCUUCUAACCCAGAGACAAGAGGGUGAUAUGAGGAAAACAGGGAGAUCAGCAUGGAAGGCUGUGGGGGAAAGUGUCUCAGUAUUACUUAUCGAUAUCACUCUGGCCAAUCUCAAGCCUAAGGUCCAAAUUCUAGUUGGUGAACCUUACUUGUGCUUACUUCAUGUUUCUUGUGACAACACCCUGGGAGAAAGGGAUAGCUGAGAAGAGAAAAAGAGAGGCUAUCUGAUCUGCCUGGCCUGAUGGAAGGCUUUCUGGUAUUCAAGAAGAGCUGGGGCCCCUUGUGUUAAAGAAUCAGUCUUCAUAUUUGCUCUUUUGCAAACCUAAGAUAUUAUUUGGGGUCCCUAAAUUGCUGUACAGUUGGAGGCAAGAGGGUGACCAGGCAGUCUUUGGGGCUUGCCAUGUCCUGAAUGACCAUGGCUUUGGCCCCUGAGUUUAAGGUGCCCAUUGGACUGAUUAUGAUUAGGCACACACAGUGAUGAAGCUCAGACUCUCAGGAAAGCAGCACACAAGGCCAGUUUUGCAGAGGCAUGUGUUUUAGUCCAUUAUGCAAUUUUUAUAUAUGCAACUUGAAGCAAAGAAUAACACUGGAAACUCAUGUGCUUUCCUGCCUGUUUCUGAAAACUUUGGGUUUUUCAUAUCUAGGGAAAAUCUUAGUUUUGAAUCUCAGUUUCUGAACCUGAACUGAAAAAAACAACUUGAAGGGGGCUUCAAUUGAGGGGGCUAUAUUACAAUUGAGUUCUCCUAAGGAAAGUUUGAGUUUUUGCUAUCGGAGUAUGUUUUACCUGGACACUAGAAUAUCUGAUUUCCAAAUGACUUAUGCAGCAAUAACUUGGUUAACUUCCUUGCAGAGAUCAGUUACAAAUGAUGGCUUGUUUUUUUUUGUUGCUUUUUAUUAAAACCACUGCUAUGAAACACAA